UUUUAAACAACUGGAACAGUAUCCGUAGCGAAUGUUUGUAGGUUUGUUUUUUUAUAUUGUCCAGCUUAACGGUUCGUAUAACAAGAAGCCUCCCCUCAGCCAGCACAGAUGGAGUUUGACUUCCGGGAACAAGCUGUCUAUUGAAUCGUGUUGGCUGUCAGAGCAAUACGCGCUCUAUGUGAGUUGGGGAAUAGGCUGCAGUCUACUCUAUGUUGCACUAAUAUCUUUACAUGUGAUGCAUUUUACUGCGGCUGACUUGAUCAGGUACACGGUCACUAAGCAACCAGCCCAAAUUGCUCAUUCUGCACCAAAAUGCAAGUCUAACUCGGUGGGAUUUUACUGAAAGGAUGGCUGUUCCCUGUGUUGCUGUUCUGAGCAGAUUCAUAGCCGAGUCGCUGGGAGAAUCAGUAGUUUCUUUGGUAUCCGAAUGCUGCAAGGAGAGCCUGGAUUUAAAUGGCUCAUGUCCCAUAACUCACAAGUGUAACCCAGGUAGAUGUUUCCGGCUCUGGGCAGAAGAUGGAAGCAGCACUUGCAUUAAAUGCAAAAAUGGAACAAGUUUGAGUUCAAUAGUCACACACAAUAUGACUGAGUGCAGAAACUUCACCUCUCGGACAGCAGACAUCCAUGUGAAUAUCAGCAGUACACCAUCUGUCCCACACAGCUUAGGAAACCCAGGCAUAGCAGCUUCUCUACUUCUGGGUACUCUCUUCAUCAGCCUAUUCCUCAUACUUUCAGUAGCCUCCUUUUUUUACCUCAAGCGCUCUCAGAGGCUACCAGAUAUAUUCUACAGAAGCAAUAAGCCUUCCAUCUUACAACCUAGUGAAAUGGCAUCCAUGAUUCCAAACCCCAAAUCUUCAGUCCGAAAGCCACGAUAUGUUAGACGUGAGAGGACAUUAACAAAAGCAGAUCCUGGGGUACUGAGAUCGCCUGUGGAGAGCAAAGUGAGCAACGUAUAAUUCUAAAGAUCCUCAGACUCAGCCAAGACUUCAUAUUCCUGUAUGGUACUUCAAAACCUCCUAACGAGAAGUCAGAGGAAGCCAGUAAGAAACACCAUUCCAGGAUAUGAGAAUGAACCACAUACAGAUCUUCCUAUGAAGUUUAGCCUCAUGCUUAACUGAACUGUGAACAGAUUCGGCCUCUUGCUGCCUGCACUGAAAUAUGAACAAUCCUUUAUCAAUUUGCAUUUUACUUGUACAAUUGUGUGCCAUAUUCCCCAAAGGCAAGGGAAAUUUAAUUGUUUAACUGACAGCAUAAAGACUGUACUGAAAUGGAGACCACAGCUUUAAAAGUGUCUUUGUGGAACUUUUUACAGCCACCUUUUUCUCUACCGAUGUCAAUUCAUUUUACAUGCGUUUUUUUGUUUUGUUUUAUAAUAAUAAUAUGAAUGGCUUUAAUAAAUUAAAAUAAAAUUAAUUUACUGUAAGCUAAGUGUUUUUCGAGCAAGAUGCAACUAGUGGUUAUAGAAGAACAUAUAUUUCUUUUUUGCCACACGUUUCUGAGCCUUAGAAAUGUAAUAGCGCUACUUUGGUAGCUAAUUAUAUUCUGUCAUCAUUGUUUUUUGGAAGUAGACAUGGGAAUUAAAAUAAGCUAUGCAGAAGAUACAAAAAGGUAGAUACUGGUUAUAAAAUAAUUGGGUGGAUCUGCUGGUGUUGUAAAAUAUGCAAGUGCACAAUUUUUUGUCUUAUUUUUAAAUGUAUUACAUUAUGCAAUCUACAGGUUAUUUUUUAUAGCAAUCUUACUAUACCAAUAGUUUCAAUCGAUGAUCAGAAUAAUAGUCAUUUGUAGUUGUAAUUUUAAUGAGUGAAAUAAAAUAAAUGAAUUCUACUCUGA